GCCGGGGGUGGGGCGGGGGCAGGUGUAGCCUCUUUGCCUCCUUGUGCCCUAGCGCCGCCCGGACAUCGCGCGGGCCGCCGGCACCAUGAAGAUCUGGACCUCGGAACACGUCUUCGACCACCCAUGGGAAACCGUUACAACGGCUGCCAUGCAGAAGUACCCGAACCCGAUGAACCCGAGCGUGGUUGGAGUGGACGUGCUGGACAGACACGUGGACCCGUCCGGAAGGCUGCACAGCCACAGGCUGCUGAGCACCGAGUGGGGCCUGCCCUCUGUCGUGAAGUCUAUUAUUGGUGCAGCAAGAACCAAAACAUAUGUGCAAGAACAUUCUGUAGUUGAUCCUGUAGAGAGAACCAUGGAGCUCAAAUCUACGAAUAUUUCAUUUACAAAUAUGGUUUCAGUAGAUGAGAGACUCAUAUACAAGCCACAUCCUCAGGACCCAGAAAAAACUGUCUUAACUCAAGAGGCCAUAAUCACUGUGAAAGGAGUCAGCCUGAGCAGCUACCUUGAAGGGCUGAUGGCAAGUACGAUAUCCUCCAAUGCCAGUAAAGGCCGAGAAGCGAUGGAGUGGGUGAUCCAUAAACUGAACGCCGAGAUUGGAGAACUGGCGGCGUCGGCGAGAGGGAGCAUCCGGGGCCCCGAUGGCGGCGGCGGCGUUCGCAGAGAAAUGACGGCCGUGCUCUCCGGGCCGAUGUGCAGGGCUGUCAGGACCAUCCGAGGUCGGUACUGUCCAAUGAGUCUCGGUUCUCCGGAGGCGUCUACACUGAAGGCGUCUACACUGGAGCUCCGCCCACUGUGGACCAAGCCCGAGCACAGCGCUGCGCCACGCUGUGGAUCCAGCAGCCUGCGGGAGAGAACUCACCGAGAGGGAUUCUACAGUUCUAAAGACGUUCAUUCGUGUAAAAUAACUUGCUCUGCCGAGAAGCCAGUGUUUUGAUUUGGUACUUAAAUGAUAUUUUUGGAAUGAACAUUUAGCACUACGAAUAUAUGACUCCAACAGAAAAUGCGAUUUUGCUACAUUGAGAGUACUGUAUUGAUUUGCCAAAGUUUUCUAACUUAGUAAAGCUACUCCUUCCGGA